AAUAUUCAUCCUCACUCCUCGGCCCCACCGUGACAAUAAACAAGGGAGAAGGCUGAAUGCCUGUGAGAGGAGGGCAGGGGGCCAAAUCCAGGGAAAAGUGGGGGGCAAACAACCCGUUUCUACGGUAACAAGUCCUGCCUUCCACUCUGCAGCAGGCUGCGACGGAGGCUAGAGCUUUUUGUCGGUUUUGGUUGGAAAGACAUAAAUCGGAGUUUAUUGAGAAGGGCAGGUAUCCGGCAAAAAACAGCUAAAGUUUUUCAACGCGACCGGCACCGGGAUUCGUGCGUCGCAAAGGGAUUAUAAUCUCAAAAUGACAACAGCCAUGGAUGUGAGGAGAAACUCGGAGGUGAGUGGGCGGUUUGCAGACAAACAUGACUGCCAACAAGAGUUCGAAGGCGGUGCCUCGUGCAGGAGGGGGUAAAGCUGCCCGGGACGUCCCCGACAGGUGCCAGUCUACAUCCCUGUGUCCGGUUCUCGCUGCCAGUCAGGGGCAGAGCCAGCAGCCUCUCCUCAGCGACGGUGAGAACUCUGGGAAACAGAUUAGGUACGUCAGGACUGACGGCAGGUUCCUGGUACGUGCUGGCUGGAAAAGCAAGACCGCUACCCUCUGCAGUGGUGAGUCUCUCACAGGCGACACUGACUUCCAGGGCCGUCUCAUCAAGUCGAAGAGCAUCAGCUGCCUGGACAACAGGCUCUCCAUCUAUAAGCCUCCAGGUCAAAACAAGUCCUGUCAGGAAAGUCAGGAGCAGAAGGAGCCACAAGGGGAACUCUCUCCAGGAGAUGGACUAAAUGGUAGGCCACUGAGUUGGAGCACACUCUCACUAGGACCUUCCUCUAACCAAAACCACAAGCGCACCCUCUCUCUCACCCGCUCAGUAGCAGGUGUUCCCCCCACCACAAUCCGCAAAAAGAUCUCAGAAUGGGAGUGCAGAAGGGUGGCUCUGCCUAGGAUGAGCUUGUGUCUUGAUAAAAGAGGAGGGGAGCAUGUAGGGGGCAGUGAGGACUGCCCCAGCCUCCUCUCUUCUCCCUGUAGCGAGAAGACAUUUGACUUCAAGGGGGUUCGCAGGAUGAGCACAGCUUUCUCAGAAUGCUCAUACACAGAGGAAGAGGAAAGAGUUUCAGACAAAGAUGGCCUAGGCCGCUUCCAGAAAAGGACAGGCAAGACAGAGUCCUCAGGAACAUUUGUACGUUCCCUGUCUGCUCGGAAGGAGACGUCAGCGGUCCUCAACAGGAUACAAAAGAUAGAGCAAGCCCUAAAGGAGAAUCCCAGCCCAUCCCCUCCACGGUAUCUGAGUAAUUGCUAUGCUCCCGACAAGACAAGACAAAAGUCUUUUGUGAUAGGUGACGACUUGGACAGUACAUGCACCAGUAAGCGCAGCAGCAUUUGCUCAGUGACCACAGAACCAGAUGCUGUUUUGGUGCCGGAUAAGCUCUCUAAACUCAGACAAAGGUUCAGUGUGAGCUCAGUCAGGUCUGAGAGCCCAGAACCACCGAGCCAACAGACCGCUGUCGGCACACCGGUCAACCCCUUACCUAAACCCAAACGCACUUUUGAGUACGACGCUAAACGGGACCAGAAGGCCGCGUCGCCAGCCAAUGGACUACCUCCAAACAGAACCUCGGAAUCUCCCCCGCCUCUGCCCUCGACCCCUGCACCCAGCAUGACACGAGCUGUAAAAACCGAGGGGAACACCCCAGUGAGAACACAGGACAGAGAGUCGUGUGAGUCAGAGGAUGCUACGAGGCUGCUAUCUUCAUUUCCGUCCCCACCUACAGAGAAUGGCACACUAACCACAGGCACACGGAGUCGACCCAAUGCCAAAAGCACUUUAGAGGAGAAUGCCUAUGAGGACAUAGUAGAGAAAGAGAACCCAUAUGAGGAUGUUGACCUGAAGCGGAAGAGUUUGGGUCGGAAGUCUUGUCUGUUGGAGAGCAACAGAUCGUGGACCACCAUGAACAGCAAGCUGAACCCUCCACCUCAGUUGCCUUCCAAACCCAGUAGCCAGUCCCUUCGCCUCCCUGGUCCGAGUGAAAGGAAGAGCCACCGGAUGUCACAGUUGUCCAAACGCUACAGCCACGAUGAAAUGCUGCUUCUCCCCCAGCGGGGUGGAUCACCAUCACCUUGUGGCCUGUUGGAUGAUAGCCUCUGUAGCACCAGUGAUACCCUAGCCUCACACAGGCACUGGAGGAUCCCCAAGCUGGUCCAGAGGAUCAACUCCAUUUACUGCACUAAACGUGGGAAGAAGAGGCUGAAGAAGCUGUCAAUGUCCAAUGUUGAGACUGCAUCUUUGAGAGAUGACAACAGUGAGAGUGAGAGUGACUCUGAUGACAGGUUCAAAGCUCACACUCAGAGGUUGCUGAAACUGCAGUCCAUCCUUAGACGGGCCCCCAGCUACCGCACGCUGGAGCUGCAGCUCAUUGAGUGGCAGGAGAGAGAACUCUUUGAGUAUUUUGUGGUUGUUUCUCUAAAAAAGAAACCCAGCAAAAACUCCUUCUCCCCAGAGGUCACCUACCAGUUCCCCAAGCUAGAGAGGCCCACCAAGCAGAUGAGGGAAGCCGAACAGAGACUCAAAGCCAUUCCUCAGUUCUGUUUCCCAGAUGCAAAAGACUGGAGUCCUGUGUCUGAGUACACCAGUGAGACCUUCUCCUUCAUGUUGACUGGAGAGGAUGGCAGCAGGAGGUUUGGGUACUGUAGACGCCUGCUGCCGACUGGGAAAGGACCUCGCCUUCCAGAGGUGUACUGUGUCAUCAGCAGACUGGGCUGUUUUGACUUGUUCUCCACGAUCCUGGAUGAGGUAGAGCGGCGGCGAGGCGUCUCAGCAGCCUUGGUCUACCCCUUCAUGAGGAGUCUAAUGGAGUCGCCCUUCCCUGCACCAGGGAAGAUUAUCAAAGUAAAGACCUUUCUGCCCGGUGCAGGAAAUGAGGUCAUCGAGCUGAGGCGUCCCACUGACUCCAGACUGGAACAUGUGGACUUUGACAGUCUGUUCAGUUGCCUCAGUGUACGGCAGGUGAUACGAGUCUUUGCCUCACUGCUGCUGGAGCGUCGAGUCAUUUUUGUGGCUGAUAAACUCAGUACCCUUUCCAGCUGCAUGCAUGCAGUGGUGGCGCUGCUUUACCCCUUCUCCUGGCAACACACCUUCAUCCCUGUGCUGCCUGGGUCCAUGUUGGAUAUUGUUUGCUGUCCCACUCCCUUCCUGGUGGGGCUGCUGUCUAGCUCUUUGCCCAAGCUCAAGGAGUUGCCUGUGGAAGAGGCUUUAAUGGUCGACCUGGGAACUGACCGAUUCAUCCGACAGAUGGACGACGAGGCCUCGCUGUUGCCGCGGAAACUUCAGGCAGCUCUUGAGCAAGCGCUGGAGCAGAGGAAUGACAUCAUCAGUCAGGACUCUGACAGCGAGUCAGACGAAGAGUACAACUCCUUGAACAGCCUGGUGUCAGAGGCCUUCAUCCGCUUUUUCCUGGAGACCAUCGGCCAUUAUUCCCUGUUUAUCACUCAGAAUGAGCGUGGAGAGCGCAUUUUCCAAAGAGAGGCCUUCCGCAAGUCUGUGGCGUCUAAAAGCAUCCGUCGUUUCCUGGGUGUCUUCAUGGAGUCUCAGAUGUUUGCAGGGUUCAUUCAGGAUCGGGAGCUGAGGAAGACACGGGCUAAAGGUCUGUUUGAGCAGAGGGUGGACCAGUAUCUGGAGGAGCUGCCAGACACAGAGCAGAGUGGAGUCAACAAAUUUCUGAAAGGCCUUGGAAGUAAAAUGAAGUUUCUCCACAAAAAGAACUGAGGGGAAUUCAUCCUCCUGUUUUCGAUCAUACAACAAACUGAAGACCUGAUGUCUCAAGUCUCUGCAUUAUGAGGACUCACCUUUUCUUUUGGCAGUGUUUUUUUAUGUAAACAUGUACAUAGUAUGUCACUGUAAGCUGGCUGUGAUACUCUUCAGUGUAUGUUUAUAUAGUACCUUAUGAGAUAGCAAUAGCAGGACGGUACACAGCGAGUGAGCCGUAGAGUAACCACUGAUGUUCAGGUGUGCAUGUGAAAAGUGUUAUCAGAAUGUGUGAGUGUAUGUGACCUGACAUGGGCAAAGAUGUACAGUUCAUUAUGUUUUCAUUUUGCAUUAUUUCACCACAGUGUUGUCCUCUGUUUAAGGAGUGUAAACCCUAUUCGAAAACUGUACAUGCAUCAAGACAAUGAAGAAAAUGAUUGUAACUCUUCAUAGAGUCUUUUGCAAUCUUUUAUUAAAGAAAAUGUGUUUAAAUGCUU